AUGUCCCGCAAGGCAGGGCAAACUUAUUUGUAAUAAAUAUCGAUCAAUAUUUUACUUUUUUACAAGGUAAUAAGGUAAAUUGAUGUAAUAAAUGGCUUCUCUUGUUUUAAUGAAGUCAGUAAUAUUAUCAAAAGCAUUACAAAGAAAGAGAAAAAUCAAAACUAAAAUGAUAACUAACAAGAUUUGCCGAGUAUGCAGGGAACCCACUGCCGACGCACCUAUAUUUAACAAUUGCUUAGAAUCUUAUCUAGCCAAAGAAAUUUUAUAUUUCUCUGGUGUUACGAUUAGUAAAUUGGACAAGUUCCCUCAUUUUAUUUGUGACACAUGCUAUAAACUGCUACAUGGAUGUAUUUUGUUUAGACACAUGUGCAGGCAAAGUGAUAAAGCAUUCCGGAAAACUUACUCCACUAUUGUAAAACAUCAAAAUCCACCCAUAAAUGUCCUACCAGUUGAAGUUAAAGUUGAAGAAUGUGUGUCAAAUGAUAGUUUUGAAAAUGAUAUGGAUGCAAAUAGUGCUGAAGAAAAUGACUUUACUGCAAAUAACAUAAAUGAAAUGGAUGCAAAUGACAGAGUCACAAAUUACACUGAAGCCAACUGUACAGAUGCUAAUAAAGAUGAAGAAAUAAUGGGCAUCAGUGGAAGUGCUGACUCUAGCAAUGUUCCUUCUCCACCUUACUCUGAAACUGGUCUGUGGGACUGCACUGAUUGCUCUAAGGAUUUCCAUAAUAUGGCUUCAUAUAAUAAGCACCUGACAAAGUGCAAAGCAAAGUUACAACAUGACAAACCAGACUCGACUGAGGUUUCGAAAAAACAAUAUUUGUGUGAAACAUGCGGGAAAUCAACACCAUCGAGAUCUAAUUUAGAAUCUCAUAAGAAAAUACACUACAAUUUUUUCCCUCACGCCUGUGAUUUAUGUCCGUACAAAGGACGCACAAAGAGUCUUCUCAAUCUUCACAAAAAAACUCACCUUGAAGUUAAACCAUUCAAAUGCAUGCUGUGUCCGAGAACAAUGACGUCCACCGGCAAUCUCAAGAAACAUAUGGAUCGUAUACACAGUACUACUAGCUUCAGGCCAUUUAAGUGUACCAGUUGCGACAAAACGUUUAAAAUUAAAUCCGAUCUAAAAAGGCAUUACAACGCGAUCCACGAAAAUCGUGGAUAUGCAGAGUGUGAAAUCUGUAAAAAAGUAAUAAGACAAAAGCAUAUUCGUAAACAUCUAUGGCGUAUUCAUAAAAUUCAGCAAGAAAAGUCAACCCUCCCCAACAAGCUGCCAUCCUACAUACUAUGUUCCCGGACAGCGCCUGUGAAAGAUUCAGUCUAAAAUCAUUCAUAGUACCUAUAAUUUACCUACCAAUGUGAAUAAAGUGGUAAAGAUUUACUACCCUUGUGAUAUUAAAAGUAAUUAAUGAUUAUA